AUCAACUGUGUGACUUUCCCCCACCCUGACGUAAUGCCAGAGCAGCAGUUGCUGAAACCUUCAGAGUGGAGCUACUGUGAUUAUUUCUGGGCAGAUAAGAAGGACUCACAAGGGAACAAUACAGUGUCAGGAUUUGAAAUACUUCUUCAAAAGCAACUGAAAGGGAAACAAAUGCAGAAGGAAAUGGCAGAGUUCGUUCGAGAAAGGAUAAAGAUUGAGGAGGAAUAUGCUAAGAACCUGUCCAAACUGUCUCAGAAUUCCUUGGCUGCUCAGGAGGAAGGCACGUUGGGAGAGGCUUGGGCUCAGCUUAAGAAGAGUCUAGCUGAUGAAGCAGAGGUUCAUCUCAAGUUUUCUUCUAAG